AGCUGCCGCAGAGGCUGAUGGGGGACUGACGCCUGUGAGGCUUCCAGCGUCGGUACCAUGGCGACGCGCGGUGGGGCUGAGGUGCCAAUGGCGGCUUGGUCCCUCUUAUCUGCCCGGGCCGUGACCGUGUCCCUCCUGUUGUCCCUCCCUCGCUUCUUACAGGCCCAGACCUUCUCUUUCCCUUUCCAGCAGCCGGAGAAGUGCGACAACAACCAGUACUUUGAUAUCUCCGCGCUCUCCUGUGUUCCGUGUGGAGCUAACCAGAGGCAGGAUGCCCGAGGAACUUCAUGUGUAUGUCUACCAGGAUUUCAGAUGAUCUCUAAUAAUGGAGGACCUGCUGUUAUUUGUAAAAAGUGCCCAGAAAACAUGAAAGGUGUUACAGAAGAUGGCUGGAACUGCAUUUCUUGCCCUAGUGGCUUAACUGCCGAAGGAAAAUGUCACUGUCCUGCUGGCCAUAUUUUAGUGGAAAGAGAUAUUAAUGGAACAUUGUUGUCUCAAGCAACUUGUGAGCUCUGUGAUGGAAAUGAAAACUCUUUUAUGGUAGCAAAUGCUUUAGGAGACAGGUGCAUCCGAUGUGAGCCAACAUUUGUUAAUACCAGCAAGUCCUGUGCAUGUUCAGAACCUAACAUUUUAACAGGGGGAUUAUGUUUCAGCAACACAGGGAAUUUUCCUCUACGUAGAAUUUCAACUGCACGUUAUGGAGAAGUUGGCGUGUCUUUAACUUCAGAAUGGUUUGCAAAGUAUUUGCAAUCAUCAGCAGCUGCAUGUUGGGUAUAUGCCAAUCUAACAUCUUGUCAAGCUCUUGGAAAUAUAUGUGUGAUGAACAUGAAUUCUUACGACUUUGCCACAUUUGAUGCAUGUCGACUAUUUCAGUUUAUCUUUGAAAAUACUGCUGGACUGAGCACUGUUCAUUCUAUUUCAUUUUGGAGACAGAAUCUUCCUUGGCUGUUUUAUGGAGACCAGUUAGGAUUAGCACCUCAAGUGCUCAGUUCUACCUCUCUUCCUACAAAUUUCAGUUUUAAAGGAGAAAACCAGAAUACAAAACUGAAGUUUGUUGCUGCUUCCUAUGAUAUAAGAGGAAAUUUUCUCAAGUGGCAAACUUUAGAAGGAGGUGUUUUACAGCUUUGUCCAGACACAGAAACAAGGCUAAAUGCUGCUUAUUCAUUUGGAACAACCUACCAACAAAAUUGUGAGAUUCCUAUCUCUAAGAUCUUAAUUGACUUUCCCACUCCUAUAUUUUAUGAUGUGUACCUUGAAUAUGCUGAUGAAAAUCAACAUCAAUAUAUUUUGGCUGUGCCUGUGUUAAACCUAAAUCUUCAACACAAUAAGAUAUUUGUGAACCAAGACAGCAACUCUGGCAAGUGGCUUCUAACUCGGCGCAUUUUCUUAGUGGAUGCAGUAAGUGGACGAGAAAAUGACUUAGGAAGUCAGCCAAGAGUAAUUCGAGUUGCUACCCAAAUAUCACUGAGCGUCCACCUUGUACCCAACACAAUAAAUGGAAACAUCUACCCUCCCUUAAUCACCAUUGCCUACAGUGACAUUGAUAUCAAAGACGCCAAUAGCCAGUCUGUGAAGGUUUCUUUCUCAGUCACAUACGAAAUGGAUCAUGGAGAAGCACAUGUCCAGACAGAUAUUGCUUUGGGUGUAUUGGGUGGGCUAGCUGUUUUAGCAUCUCUUUUGAAGACAGCAGGAUGGAAGAGGCGCAUUGGGAGUCCCAUGAUUGACUUACAGACAGUUAUGAAAUUCUUGGUGUACUAUGCUGGUGAUCUGGCCAAUGUUUUCUUUAUCAUCACAGUGGGAACAGGUCUUUACUGGCUUAUUUUCUUCAAAGCACAGAAGUCUGUCUCUGUUUUGCUACCAAUGCCAGUUCAGGAAGAACGUUUUGUCACUUAUGUUGGAUGUGCCUUUGCUCUGAAGGCACUACAAUUUUUGCAUAAGCUCAUAUCGCAGAUUACAAUAGAUGUAUUCUUUAUUGAUUGGGAGCGACCUAAAGGAAAGGUUCUUAAAGCUGUUGAAGGUGAGGGUGGUGUACGAAGUGCCACUGUUCCUGUAAGCAUAUGGAGAACAUAUUUUGUAGCAAAUGAAUGGAAUGAAAUUCAGACUGUGAGAAAAAUUAAUUCACUAUUUCAAGUACUUACUGUCCUCUUCUUUUUGGAGGUUGUGGGAUUCAAGAACUUGGCAUUAAUGGACUCAUCUUCUAGUCUUUCUAGAAGUCCAUCUAGCUAUGUAGCUCCUUAUAGCCGCAUUUUGAGAUAUGCAGUGUCUGCUGCUCUUUGGCUAGCCAUUGGAAUUAUACAGAUCGUGUUCUUUGCUGUCUUUUAUGAGAGAUUUAUAGAAGAUAAAAUUCGACAGUUCGUUGAUUUAUGCUCUAUGAGUAAUAUAUCAGUGUUUCUAUUAUCCCACAAAUGUUUUGGAUAUUACAUUCAUGGUAGAUCAGUACAUGGGCAUGCAGAUACUAAUAUGGAAGAAAUGAAUAUGAACCUUAAAAGAGAAGCGGAAAAUUUGUGUAGCCAGCGAGGUUUGGUACCCAACACAGAUGGUCAGACUUUUGAGAUUGCAAUUUCUAACCAGAUGAGACAACAUUAUGACAGAAUUCAUGAGACACUAAUAAGGAAAAAUGGUCCUGCUAGACUAAAAAAAACAUCAGAAAAUACUUUUGAGCAGAGUAUAAAGGCAUAUCAUAUGAUGAAUAAAAAAAAAAGCUCCUUCAUUGACCAUGUUCAUAAGGAAAAAAAAUACUUUAUAAAAGAUAAGUUGCUUCUUGAAAGAAUUCUUGGAAUGGAAUUCAAAAAAAAAAUGGAAAAAAGCAUCUUUUACAAUGAUAAAAAAAAUUCUUUCAGCAGUGUCCUGUAUUAUGGAAAUGAAGCUACCCUUCUUAUUUUUAAAAAAAAGUUCUUCUGUGUUGUGGAUUUGGCUUGCCAAAAUUUUAUUUUAGCAUCCUUCCUUACAUAUCUACAACAAGAGAUUUUUAGAUAUAUCCGUAAUACAGUAGGACAAAAGAAUUUGGUGUCCAAAACAUUGGUGGAUCAAAGAUUUUUGAUUUAACUUCCUGAAUAAAUAACUUAAAGACUCAGUAAAAAAAAAGCCAAAAAAAUGUCAUGAUAUCAGGUUAGUUUGCCAUAUUUUAAAAACUUUUAAUGCAAACUAUUCUGUUUUUGUUUUUUAUUUGCAGAAAGAUUUAUUUUUAUAACUUGGAAAAAAAAAUGUGAUAAAACAGAAAAUAUUGUUUUCCCAUUGUGUGUGGUAUUUAAUGCAGAAAAAAAAAAAUUAACACUGACAGUGAGGCCAAAAAAAAUUCUAAAUGUUGCUUUCAGCAAAAAAAAAUUUAAUGAUAAUUAAAACAGUCCCCAUCAAUUUUCUCUGUGGAUUAUUUUAUAAAAAAAAAGCUGCCUGAAUUUUCUCACAUUGACAAAGUAAUUCGAUUCCAAGUUUAAGACUAGUUUUCAGUUUGAUAUUUUCAUGUUUUGUGUGCUUGUGGUUAAAUAAAUGUUGAAAGA